AUGUUGGCAAUGUUUACGGCCUUCCCGAACUCGACGUGCCGUGUCCAGAGUUAUGUCUUCGCAGCGCUCUGGCAAACGACAAGCAUUCUCCAUGAUGGCUACACCGUCCAAAACUGGUCCCGAAGCCAUGUUCGCUCUACACCGCACUUGCCUCCCGCACUAGCUAAGGCUCGCCCACGAAGAGCUGCACAACCCGCCUCCUUAUUGUGCUCCUCACAGAGCACGCAGAUGAAUGUGAGAACCAUCGCCCGAGGGUCCCAUAGAUACGGCACGCAGGGCAUGCCGUGA